ACAACACACAAGGGGCGGGGCUAAAACUUGUUUAUUGUUGGCUGCCAUCGCAACGAGUCAGCGGCUAACGGACUGUAAACGUUUUCAUAGGAUAUGGUUUGAUUUUCAGUUUCAGGGAUCUUUUGUGCACAGAAUGACUUUGCUCCCAGUGCUUGAGGAUGCCGGCAGGUCAGAGUGAUGUGAGAGCAAAGACUAGAGCCCGUUUUGACGAGGUGUUAAAGAGAUACACAAACCCUCCCUCAGAGAAAAAGAAGUCCAAACAGCGAGGAGUCGAGCUGCAGGAGAAUGUUGUGCUUCAGACAUUGAGCAAAAACUUGGAUUUAAGUAAAACCACAGAAGAAGAUGAGACCAUUCUCAAUAACACGUAUGACCCUACACAGGGUAGCCCAAGGUACACUAAGAACAGACGCAGGGAGGUCGAGGUGUCAGAGAAGAUCAAUGUCAGCAAUAAUGUAAAUGGAGAGAAGUCCCCACUGGCCUCAGGAAAGAAGAAGACUAAAAGAAAGCUGCCCCCACACCCACUUGUUCAGGAUGAAGUAGACACAGACAGAAAUGCUGCAAACUCUGAAACAAAAGUCACUGUUGAACCAGACUGGGGGCAGAACAGAAAGGGUAAAAGAGGGAAGAGCAGAGGCGGAAACAGAGAUAGUGGACACAACGCAGGCUCUGAACCUGAAGAUGAUCUUCUCAAAGAAUAUCAGCAACAGAUUAGUCAAGAUGAGGAGAGGGCUAUAAAGAAAACAACUCAUAACAGACAAGAUGAAAAGUUGCCCAGGAGCCAGGAAACCUCAGUAUUAAACAAUGAGCUCGGAAAGAAGAAGAAAAAGAAGAAGAACCUGAGGGGUAGUGAUGAGGAUGAAAGCCAUUCUGAAUUUGAGAAAAUAAAGGAGCCUAUUCAAGGUGAUGCUGUAGAAGAAGACACCGUAGAUACAGCAAAACCCAAAGGAAAAAAGAAGAAGAAAAGAAAAGAUGUGGUAGUUGAGGACAGUCAGACAGAGGUGGAGGAUUCUCAGAGGCAGGUCUUUGAUGAAAACCUGGUGCUAGGAGUUUACAUUCAUCGUACAGACCGACUCAAGACUGACCUUCUGGUGUCCCACCCCAUGGUCAAAGUGCAUGUUGUGGAUGAGAUCACUGGACAGUACGUCAAGAAAGAGGACAGCCAUCGUCGAGUGUCUUCCUUUUAUGAGCAGGAGAACAUUGAGCACAUCCUUCCAAUCAUAACUCAGCCUUUUGACUUUAAGAAAAACAAGUCAACAGUCCCAGAGUGGGAGGAGCAGAUCAUCUUUAAUGAGCGAUUUGGUUAUUUUCUUCAAGAUAGUGAAGAAUGUCCACAGGUCAUCCUCUUUUUUGAGGUUCUUGACUUCAUCAGCAUGGAGGAAGCAAGAUCAAAUGUCUCUGCUGAUCAGCAUGAGCGUGGAUUUCGAAAAAUUGCUUGGGCUUUUUUAAAGCUUGUAGGAACCAACGGUGUGCUGAACAUAGAUAGUAAGCUGCGUCUCCAGCUGUACAGCCCUCCUACAAGAGCAAAGAAAGUUCCACAGACAGUUGAAGUGUUUCAGUGGUGGUCAAAAUUCCCUAGGAAUAGAUAUGCCUCAACUCUUUAUGUGACAGUGAAAGGCCUCAAACUACCAGAACAUGUUGACCCUGGUAUUCGCUCAAUGAUGGCUCUGCAGCAGGAGAGGGGCAGCACAUCAUACAGUGAGCUGCACACAGAUCUUGCUCAGAAAACCUCCACACAGCUGUUAGAGGGCAAAGCAGAGGUCAUAACGUGGAGUCGCUUGCCUGGACAGGUGUGUCGUAUUCCCAACAAGCUAAUGCUGUCAUUCCGUGGAGGUCAGAUGGGCUGCUUUAUUCUACGCUUCUCUCAUGAUGGCAGGGCUCUGGCUGCUGCUUGUGCAGACAGGGAUGCUUUUCCCAUUGUAGUAUACGAGAUCCCUUCAGGUAAAGCCUUGGCGUCUUUUAAUGGCCACCUGAGUAUUGUCUAUGAUCUCUGCUGGACCAGAGAUGACAGGUGCCUCCUCUCAGCAUCCUCUGAUGGAACGGUCAGAGUGUGGAACAUUGAAAGACUCCAGGCCCUUGCACAGAAGGUCCUCCCUCAUCCAUCAUUUGUAUAUUGUGCUCAGUAUCACCCACUAAACCAGAACCUGCUGGUUACUGGCGGUUAUGACUGUCUGCUCCGGGUCUGGAAUCUAGACGUCAAAGACGUGAACGGACAACUGCUGCAAGAGUUUGAGGGACACAAGACUUUCAUCAAUGCUCUCUGUUUUGACAAUGAAGGAACGAGAAUGUAUUCUGGAGACAAUGCUGGCGUAAUUGUUGUGUGGAAUACUAAAACUGAGGAUAGAUCUCGGCAUGGUCCAACACAUCUGUGGAAAAUUGAGAAGGAGAUAAAGGAAAGUGAUUUGAAUGGAAUUCCCAUCAACUCCUUAGAAGUGCACCCAAAUGGCAGGCGUCUUCUAAUCCAUGCCAAAGACAGCGUUUUGAGAGUGAUGGACUUGAGAAUUCUUGCUGUAAAGAAAUACAUAGGUGCCACAAAUUACAGAGACAGGAUCAACAGCGCCUUCACUCCAUGUGGAAGCUUUAUUUUCUCAGGCAGCGAGGAUGGACUUGCCUACGUGUGGAAUGCCGAAACAGGUGAUCAGGUGGCUGUGUACUCAGAGUUGUGUUAUCCAGUCUCUCUCCGUGGAGUGGUUUUCCAUCCUCAUGAACACAUGGUGGCUUUCUGUGCCUUUGGGCAAAGUCAACCAAUCCAUAUAUAUAUGUAUGACCGUAAAGUUGCCCAAAUGGACCUGGAGAGCUUGCGGGGGCUAAGCAAGUCUGAGACUGCUGACAAUAAAACAGCCAGGAAUCAGUCUGAUCUACUGCCGUUCCAGGAUACCUCAGCCUCUGGGGUGGACCGAUUUGCCAGUGCUGCUCGCAUGUCACUGAAAAUGCAGCGUGUCAAACAGAAACUGGAUUCAGUUAUAGAGCCACAUCGCAACCCAUCUGUCAUGGACUAUUAUUAUGAACAGGGAAGCAUCUCUCAGAUGGGGAAGAGCUUCACACCAGAGAGCAUGAAUAUGUCUCUCCCUCCUCCAUCUUUGCUGUCCCCACACUCCAAGAUGCUGCAGCACUCCAGCUCGUUUAAUACCCAAUUUAUACCUCAGGCCACUCUCAGCUCACAAACCUUGGGGCUAAGUGCUCUGGGCCAACCCAUUAAAAGAGCUCCAUUCCUAAGGCAAAGGAGCAUACCAGAUUAUGAAUUUUCUCAUGUAGUUGAGAAUGACAUGGCACAAGUGCAGCAGACGGUUGUGUCUUUGUAUGACUACAGCGCUAAUCGAUCUGAUGAGCUAACAGUACGGCGCGGGGAUGUUAUCCAUGUGCUGUAUAAAGACAAUGAGAGCUGGUGGUUUGGGUGCCUAGCCAAUGGACAGAAAGGCUACUUCCCUGCAGCCUAUGUAGCUGAUGAAAAGGGAUUUGAUGAAGAGUUGUCAAGGGCUAUAGAGAUGCAGCCUGGCCCUUCGGAGCAAGUAAAUCAGGGAUUUGACAGAUCUACACCAACUAAGCUAUUUUAAUUAGUAUAUUUACCAUACUUGACAUAUGCAGCUCUGGAAAAAUUGAGACCAAAAAUUGAGGUUUUAAAUUAGUUUCUCUGAUUUUGCUAUUUAUAGGUAUAUGUUUGAGUAAAAUUAAUAUUGUUGUUUUAUUAUAUAAACUAUGGACAACGUUCUUCCAAAUUCCAAAUAAAAAUAUUAUCAUUUAGAGCAUUUUUAGCAGAAAAUGAGAAAUGGCUGAAAUAACAAAAAAAGAUGCAGAGCUUUCAAACCUCAAAUAAUGCAAAAAAAAAAAAAACAAGUUAAUAUUCAUAAAGUUCAUAAAUCAAUAUUUGGUGGAAUAACCCUGGUUUUUAAUCACAGUUUUCAUGCAUCUUGGCAUGUUCUCCUCCACCAGUUUUACAAACCGCUUUUGGAUAACUUUAUGCCACUCCUGGUGCAAAAAUGUAGCAAACCUAAGCAGUUCAGCUUGGUUUGAUUGCUUGUGAUCAUCCGUCUUCCUCUUAAUUAUAUUUCAGAGGUUUUCAAUUUGGUAACAUUAAAGAAACUUUUUAAGUGGUCUCUAAUUUUCUUCAGAGCUGUAUAUACUUGUAUUAAAAAAAAUCUGUAGUUGAGCACUGUGUAGUUCUAUUAUUACAUCUUAUCUUCCUGUUUCUCUGCAUACUUUAUAAUGCUCCAUUUACCUUGUUCUUCAAUGGUCAGGACCCCAAAUUACAUUGAUAUGGUGGUGGUGUGUAUUGCACUUGUACAAUUGGAUUAGAAACAACAGUGCUGCUAAUGUUUUUAAACACCUCUGUGUCGCUGCUGGACUAAGAACAGUUUACCAAACAUCUUGUCCAUCCCACCAUCCUGAGAACGGGCAAAAGGAUUAGCAACACAAACUGUGCAGCAUCAGAUGAGCUUGUGUCUUUGACUUUACAUCUACAAAAUUGGAAAAAAAGUAAAGUAAAGUGGACAGUAAGUGGGCACAGCGUUUCAAAAACAUAUGGCAUCAUUGCUGUCUGAUCCACUUAAACCACCACCAUACCUGUGUCUCUGCAGUGCUGAGAAUGACCCACCACUCCAAUAAUAGCUGCUUUGUGGGGUCCUGACCAUUUCAGUAUGCAGAGAAACAGAUGGACUAAAGCCUGUAAUUCUAGAACUUAAUAUAACUGAUAUAAUGGAAAGUGAAUGUAGAAACAAGUAGGUAGUAUUAAUGUUAUGGCUCGUUAGUUUAUAUACACACCAUAGUUGCUUCAAUGCAAAAAAACUAAAUCUUGGCAAGUGAAAUUCUCUAAAUUUAAGGCAAUAAAUCUUAUUUUCUUCUCUGAUAAGACUUUUUGUCUUACUAAGCAUUGUAAGUGUUAGAUUAUUUUGCUUAUUUUAGGUAUAUUAUCUUAAUCAUUCGUAUUUAGAAUUUGUACCUUAUUUUAAGUUAUCUUAACUCAAAAUAAGCACAAUCAAGCAGCAAUCAAGUUAUUCUGAAAAACAGUGACUUUUUAGCUUGAUUUAGGUGUUACUUCACUCAUUUUGAGACUUUGCCAUUGCUUUUUGUAAGAAAUCUUACUAAGAAAAUUUUGCUUACCGCAUUGUCUGAUUUUUUUGCUUAAUAUACAUAUAUUUAUCUUAAUUUGCAUAUAUUUUGUCUAGUUUUUGCCAAUGGAUUUUUUGCAGUGUUUGAUAAUUGUUUUUUCUUUUGAAGUACUGGGGUGUCCAUAAGUAUGGUUGGAAGAAAUGGUGCAGUGUGUUUGAUUUUCCUAUCUUCCUUAUUUCCUGGCUUCCUGUCGUGUCCUC